CCAGCCAGGCAGCAGAACAUUGAAGCAUAUUAUCCCCAGCUGCCCACCACCUACUCAAAGAGCAGUCAAAGAAAAACACAGUGGUCAGACCACACGUCAAGUCCAGGAAGCAAAAUCUUCAGAGAGGUCUUCAGUAUAUGCUCCUCCUGCAUCAACAGCACCAGUGAAACCAGAACCAAGAGUUACAUCUCUAAGGUUACCUUCUCCAACAACUUCAUCACAAAGUUCAUCAUCAAGGUCUCCUUCUCCAACAGCUACAUCACAAAGUUCAUCAUCAAGGUCUUCUCCUACAGCUUCAUCACAAUGUUCUUCACCAUCAUCUCCUAGAGUUCCUCUCUGUAUAUCUGCCACAGCUCCUCAUAGACCAUUAUCCAUCUCCCCACCCACUAUCUUAUCCCCGACUGAACCCUGUGACUUGCCAUUUGAUCCACCCAUUGGGAACAUGGGAGGUGAGACAUCCAGGAUUAGAAUGAUGCUUGAGGAUACCAAUACAGUGACCCAGGAACCUCCCAUACAAAAUCUUGAAGAUGAAGGCAGGGAUACCACCAUGAACAUGGAUGACUUAGAGAGCAUCAAGAAGUGGGCUGAAGAUGUACGUGAGGAGCUGAGGAGAACCAGAGAUAUAAGUGAUUUGCUAGGGUCACCACCAUCACGCUUGUCAUCCAUUCUUCAAGGAAUAUCUACUGGCUCAUUUGAUGAAGACAAAUACCUUAUCUCUCGGAGAGUGGACCAGCAUGUAACAAAAGCCUUCAGGAAUGUUGUGACAAAGGUUAAGGAAGGGCAGACAUCACCACCAGCCACCAUGCCAAUGCCUAGCCACCACCCAGUAUGGCCAUCUCACCCCAAAGGUAAACCAGUUGCAGGUAUAUCAGCAGUCAGACCCUCCCACUCUAGCCAUGGCCCAGGUGUGCAGCAACAUCAAGACCUUGCUCCACCCCACAAGUUAUCUCACCCAUCAGUUCACUCUCCACCCAACUCUGCAACUCUCCCUCCAUCCCAAAAUCAGUCCUGCCCUCCGACCUUCCCAUCAUCUCAACCGCCAUAUCAGUUUCCAGUACAUCCUCUGCCACUUUUCUUGCAUUCAUUGAUAAAUAGAGGACCUAGUGCCCCUUUGGGUCCUCUUAAAAGGGGUCUGCAAAAGAAUGGAAAACGUCAGGGUAAACAGAGGGUUAAUGCCACCAACCUUAAAAAGGAAGAAAUACAAUCAAACAAAACUUUGGAAAAAAAGGAAGACAUUUCAGCGUGUCCCCACCCAGACGCCUCAAGAAAUGAGCAGGUAGAAGUAUUAGCAGGGACCUCAGAUAAGACUUCAUUAAAUCCCAAAGUGGAGAAAAUAAUGAAAGAUGUAAAACAUAAUCUUAAAAUUUCUACUCAGGCAAGUGUGGACAUACCAAGAGGGAAUAUCACAGAAUCACUUCCUGGCAUUUCAAUAUCUCCAAGGGAAACUCCUAUCCAGCCACAGAAAAAGCACAAAGUGGUUGAAAUAAUACACGAAAGCCUCCACUUAGAGGAACCUUCCUCAGAAAAUAUUAACAGGAAGGCUGAAUAUGAUCAGUCUUGUAUCUUUACUGAUAAAUCUGAGACAGAAAUGGGUGGUCGGUCAACUUCUACAUCAGAAGGUAACAACAGUGAUAUUGAUGUUAAAGGACCACCAUCUCCCCAUGCCUCCUCUGCUGAUAUAGCUAAAGCAACUGGUGUAGAAGACAGUGGUCAUCAGUUACAUAGUUAUGAUAAACCACAGGAAACAGAAGGUUUGCACAAUGCUGAACCAGAUGUUAUAUAUUUAAUUGAAUAUGAGAGUGGGCGAGGAAACAUCAGUAGAAAUCAAGAACAAAGUGGUAGUGGUGCUGUUAACGAUAAAAGCAAAGAUGAUGAUGACCACGAAGGGAACCUACCUGGAUAUAUGCCAGAAAUGAGGUGGGAAGAGGUGGCUGUGGAAGACCUUAGAGAUGAAGAUGGUGAGGAAAAUGCCAGAAGAAUACGAAUUGAGGCCGAAGACAGAUUGUGUCAGCACGAUCUACGGCUACGUAUCUUGAACAGGCUUGAAGAACGACUAAGGGAAUUGGUGCAGGGGGAGCAGACCCAAGCUGUUGGCAUCUUGGAUACCCAGGCUGAGUCUCAUGCAGUUAAUGCCCAAGAAGACCAACAGGACAAAGAGUGGGACAAGGAUGAAACUCAGAAUGUGAUGAGAGCAGCCCGAGCGAUCUUGGGAGGUUUAGUGCGGGAGAGACUGAAUGUCGUAAUCUCACAGGUUAGAGAUGAUGAACCAGAAGCACUAACAAAAAUCUCAGUUGGAACCUCACCAUCAUCUUCUCAUAGUAUGAGUAAGGACACAUCAAGCAGCUCCUCAUGGGUAGCAUCUCCCUCAUAUUCCAUUGAAGAACCUUUACUUGAACCAUCUAUUUUAAAACAGAUAAAAACUCCAUCUCCAUCCCCACCACCAAGAGGAAUGGAAACUUCAACACUAUUCACACCUCAAAUAUCCGUUGAAGAUGAUGAUGAUGAUGAUGAUAGUAAGAAAGUUGUUACUACCCCACAGUCUUCACCACCAGCCAGAAUACCAGUGUUAGACAUUAAGCAACCACAGACUCCAACUGCAACUCCUGGAUCCUCUCCAAGUAAAAUGAAAACGAAUGACACUCCAGAAUGCACGCCAACAGAAUCACCUCUCCAUUCUGGAAAAAUAAUAAAACAACGUGAUACUCCUUCACAGUCUCCACCACCACAGCAAGUCCAGUUAGAAGUGAUAAAUGCUCCCAGGACUCCCUCACCUUCAUCAUUAUUUCCAGUCCAACCUGAACCAAGACCAAUGCCUUACUGUGUUUUCUCAGACAUACUGGUAACACCUGCUUCUCCAGACUCACCGGACACAACAUCUCCAAGGCUGCUAGACCAGAGCACUCAGGUGUAUAUACCAGACAGGAAACGUGGAGAUAUAGUAGAUGUGGAAACCCAAAUGGUGCCUGAAGACUGCAGGAACCUUAUUUCUGUAGAAACUCCAUCAGUCAUAUGUCAAUCAUCAUCUGAUGUUACUAUAUCAUCAUCAGUGGAGGUGACUGAUGUCACAUGUCAUACUGUGUCUGAAGGAGAAGUAUUCAGUGGUGCCAGCCCUGUAAACAUUUCACUGGAGGCUGGAGAGGUAGCUUCAGGAGGGUGUCUACACCACAUAACUUGUGGCAGGACCAGGACUACAGCUCUGAUAAACAAGACUGCUUAUUCUAACAGGCCAUUUUUACAAAAUUCAGACAGUCAGCUUUUGAGGUCUGAUGGUGAGAUAGAUUUGGAUGAGAGCAGUGAAGGGCUGUUACCUAUGGAGGAUCACAGCAACUUAGAGGAGCAGGGAAUCUUAGAAGAAUCACAGCUACAAGUGUUGCAGGGGAACCAAACAGUCAUCACACCUGCUGAUAGUUUGCAAGUGUCAGUGGUUUAUAAUGAAAGUUACUCAAGUGGAGAAGCAAUGACUCUAUCAACUGAACAAUUGACAAAACUUCAGCAAGAGAAUGCCGAGCUGUUGUCACGUUUGCAGAACUUUGGUUCCUUUGGUUCCAUCUUGAUCAGAAACUAUAAGUCUCCCCAGUCAUCUUCAUCCUCACAAUAGCAAUGUUUUAAGGCUUUUAGACUAUUUACUUUAUUGUUGUCGGUAAUUUUAUAUCUAAUUUUUUUAUUAAAAUUUUUAAUGUAUUUAAGAUGGAUGAGCUUAAGUUUUGUUUUUAGAAAGUAAGGCGAGAAAGUCUUCCCAAGAAUGAGUGAGCCUUCAGAGUAACAAAGAUUGUUGGUACUGUACAUCCUAAUUAUUUUUAAAAUCCUGUACUGUACAAGUAGUAUAAUUAAAUUGAUUAUCUUUUAAUCUGAUUAUACAGUAUUUGUAUUAAUUUAUUAUAUUAUCAAGAGAGUUCUGUAGCUCAUUAGAGUGUUCACGGUGAUAGUCACAGGUUCAAUUCCUGAACAGUUGGGAUGACUGGCUUUCCUCUUUGUUCAAUAGCCCUUGCACACUCACCAAUAAAUAUCUUAUAUACUGUUGGGGGAACUUUGCAGUGCUGGCACAAACUUGUAGACUAGCAUCCUGAAAUUAUUUUUUACAAUAGUAAGAGUGAAUGAAUGAAUAGCAAAUGAAUAAAAAAAAAAAAAAAAACAUUAAAACCCCAUAAUUAGUACUCCUCUAAUUUAAAAUAAAUCAUAAUUCGUAAUGUUUUGCUGUUACAAAAUAUACAGUAUACAGUACAGCAUUAAAAAUUUUGUAAUAUUUGAUACAAUUUUUAAAUAUGAGAGACAUUUUAAAAUACUGUACAGUAUUAUGAUAUACAGGUGCUCCUCUAUUUAUGAACAAGUUACGUUCCUGAGGCUUGUUUGUAAGUCCAACUUUACUCUU